GUUCUUGCUGCUCGACCACAAUGCUGUCUUGUUGAUAUAGCCGCAUUCUUUCAGUCCCCCUUCCAACUAAUUUAGGGAUUUUGGGGGAUUGAGGAAGUUGUUCCCUCCCUACGUCCCCAGGAAAACCUGUGGUAGCUCUCGCCACCUCCCACUUCCAACCUCACAGAUGCAGAGUGUGAGUGUUUCACAUCAGCCGGGGAUCUUUCCAGCUCAACUUCUACGUCUCGUGCACUUAGAUCAGGGCGUGCAGUGGACAACCAGCCACACAGGGUUUGCUCAUCCUUUAACUGAGAAGGGAAGAGCCAGAUUGUGCUGGAUAAUCACAGACUGAGAACCCUCGGAGUCCUGCUGUAACCUCCUGGGACAGACAUGGGGAAAGUCUACUAUGUCAGUAAAAACAUGGGCCUCGGGAUGCUCAUAUUGGCAGUCACCGCACUGGCUAUAAUUAUAGCUCUGUCCAUUGCCUACGACAAGGAAAGGGCCAAGAAUCAAGGUAAGCCUGGAGAUGAAGCAUCAGAGGGCACCACCAUGCCCACUCCCUCCACCACCCCCUUCACCCCAAAGGAGCCCUGGGACCGCUACAGACUUCCAGACUCCAUCAUCCCCAUCGCUUACAAUGUGACUCUGUGGCCCCGGCUGGAGCCCAACACAGACGGCCUUUACGUCUUCACCGGGCAGUCAGCAGUGGUCUUCAAAUGUGUGAAAGAAACAGACCUCAUCAUCAUCCAUGCCAGAAAGCUAAACUUCACUACCUUCCUUGGACACCAUGUUAAACUGAGUGGCCUGGGUGACGCCACUGUGCCCGCCAUACAGAAGACUUGGCUUGUUGAGAAGACGGAGUAUUUGGUUAUUCAGCUGAGCAGCAGGCUAACCAUGGGAGCGCCCUACCUACUGCACUCUGAAUUCCUUGGGGAGCUGGCAGAUGACCUGGAAGGCUUCUACAGGAGUGAAUACACUGAAGAUGGUGUGAAGAAAGUUGUUGCUACCUCACAGAUGCAAGCAACAUAUGCCAGAAAAACCUUUCCUUGCUUCGAUGAGCCGGCCAUGAAAGCCGUUUUUAACGUCACCAUCAUCCACAAGCCAGGCACUGUGGCUCUGUCAAAUGGCAAGGAAAAUGGCAUUUCAGACUCAGUCAUUGAUGGUGUGCCCGUCAAAGUGACAACAUUUGAGCCAACAGAGAGAAUGUCCACAUAUGUUUUGGCAUUUAUCGUCACUGACUUUGGUUACAUUCAGUCAAAUCAAAACAAUCUGAUGAUCCGAAUCUGGGCUAAAAGGAAUGCCAUAGCCGACCGGCAGGGUGACUAUGCUCUCAAUGUUACAGGCCCAAUCCUUCAGUUCUACGAGCAGUACUACAACACAACAUAUCCCCUCUCCAAGUCAGAUCAGAUAGCUCUGCCUGAUUUCAAUGCUGGAGCGAUGGAGAACUGGGGUCUGGUCACAUACAGGGAAACAGCCCUACUCUUUGACCCCAUGCUUUCUUCCACUGGAAACAAAGAGAGAGUCACAACUGUCAUCUCCCAUGAACUCGCACACAUGUGGUUUGGAAAUCUGGUGACUCUGCGAUGGUGGAAUGAUUUGUGGUUGAAUGAGGGCUUUGCUUCAUACGUGGAGUACCUUGGUGCUGACUACGCUGAGCCCUCCUGGAACAUUAAAGACCACAUCAUUCUGUAUGACGUGCAGAAGGUGUUUGCUGUCGACGCUCUGGCCUCCUCCCACCCGCUGUCCCGCCAGGAGGAGGAGGUCAAUGACCCUGCUCAGAUCAGCGAGAUGUUCAACACCAUCUCCUACAGCAAGGGUGCGGCGGUGCUCAGGAUGCUGUCAGAGUUUCUCACUGAGCCUGUGUUUGCCCGAGGACUCAGUUCUUACCUGAACACAUUCGCCUUCAGCAACACAGUGUAUACAGACCUGUGGGAUCAUCUGCAACAGGCAGUUGAACACACACCAGGUAUACAUAUUCCACACUCUGUCCAUGACAUCAUGAACCGAUGGACUCUCCAGAUGGGCUUCCCAGUGGUCACCAUCGACACCCGGACAGGAAGUAUCUCCCAGAAACACUUCUUGUUGGAUCCAGACUCUGUAGUGGACAGGCCCUCUCAGUUCAAUUAUACGUGGUUUGUCCCAAUUAAAUGGAUGAAGACGGGUGUUGAGCAGCAGCAGUAUUGGCUCCUUCACGAGACAGACACCCACAGUCCAAUUAGAGUCUCAGGAGAGGACUGGGUGCUGGCAAACACAAAUGUAUCUGGAUACUUCAGGGUGAACUAUGACCUUGGUAACUGGGAUCGUCUCCUCUCCCUGCUCAACACCGACCAUCAGGCUUUAUCAGUCAUCAACAGAGCACAGGUCAUAGAUGAUGCAUUCAACCUAGCGAGAGCUACAAUAAUCAGUACAACAUUGGCUCUGAGAACUACCAAAUACCUGUCCAAAGAGAGAAACUAUAUCCCCUGGGAGUCAGCUCUGAGAAACCUUGACUACUACAUCCUUAUGUUUGACCGCACUGAGGUCUACGGAGCUUUACAGGCAUACCUCAAGAAGCAGAUACAACCACUUUUUGACCAUUUCAAGAUACUUACAGCAAACUGGACCAAAGUACCUGAAGGACACACUGACCAGUAUAAUGAGAUCAAUGCUAUUGGGAUAGCAUGCAGUGUGGGUGUGGAGGGCUGCAGGGAGCUGAUCAAUAGUUGGUACAGACAGUGGAUGGAAAAUCCAGGUCAAAAUCCGAUCCAUCCCAACUUGAAAAGCACAGUGUACUGCAAUGCUAUAGCCUUCGGUGGUGUGCAGGAGUGGGACUUUGCCUGGAGAAUGUUCAAAAACACCACUCUGGCAUCUGAAGCUUCCAGGCUCAGGUCGGCCAUGGCCUGCACCAAAGCACCUUGGCUUUUGAACAGGUAUCUGGAUUACACCUUGGACCCAACUAAGAUCCGCAAACAAGACACUACUUCUACCAUCCAGUACAUUGCCCGAAAUGUUGUGGGAAUGCCACUGGCCUGGAACUUUGUCAGGGCAAGAUGGAGUUACAUCUUCGAGCAAUUUGGAAAAGGAUCAUUUUCCUUCGCGAAUCUUGUCAAUGGAAUCACAAAGAGAUUCUCUUCGGAAUUUGAGUUGCAGGAGCUGAAGAAAUUUAAAGAAGACAACUUCCAUGUUGGUUUUGGCUCAGCCACCAUGGCUCUGGAGCAGGCCAUAGAGAAGACCACAGCCAACAUCAAAUGGUUGACAGAGAACAAAGCUGAAGUGCUGAAGUGGUUCACUGAGGAGUCCACAUGAGGAUACAGAAAGUCAAAGAGACACUCCUUGUAAUUUUGUACCAUCAGGGAUACCUAAUGAUGGCAAUCACUAUAAUCAUUAGGAACAAUAACUGCCCUUUCAGUUGGCCACACUGACACAAACACUGUGGUGACUCACUGGACAUUAGCUUCAGUGCAAAGAAAGAGUCCAAGACAGCCUAUUAGUCUUUUCUUCAUACUUCACAUUAUAAGUUAUUGCUUAUUAGGAUGUAUGCCAAACAUUUAUACCUUAAACCUGAGACACUUGUCUACUUAUAGAACAGCAGCUUCAGCGGUCAACAGCAGUCGUUGUAACUUAUGCUGAAGACAGCAGAUUUAUGUGGGUCUUAUUGAAUAAAGUAUGUCUGAGUCUGAACUCAGCUGCUCUGAUCCUCAAGUGAUUAUUCUGGAAGCGUCUCUGUGACAUCACACUGGGAGCUGUGCCACUAACGUCACCUAGUAAAAGACAAACAACAAGCCAGAAACCGAAGAUGUUUAUCGUCUUCAAACUCAACCAUGAAUUCAUGGUACUGGCAGAUUUUUUCACUUAUUUCAAGGUAAAAGUUCCUUGAAAUAAGUUUUUUUUGUUGUUUUGAGAGGAGCAUUUUUUCCAGUGCUUCUCAACUUUUAAGGUUUGUGACUCUCACAAAUAAACAAAUACCCUCCCGUUCAAAAAUUUGGGGUCAUCCAGACAAUUUCAUGUUUUCCAUGAAAACUCACACUUUUAUCCAUGUGCUAGCAUAACUGCAUAAGGGUUUUCUCAUCAGUGAGCCUUUCAACACCAUUAGCUAACACGAUGUAGCAUUAGAACACAGGAGUGAUGGUUGCUGGAAAUGUUCCUUUGUACCCCUAUGGAGAUAUUCCAUUAAAAAUCAAGAAUAGUGAUCUGCCCAAAAAAAUUGUUAAAAACUCAAAAAUUGUGCAUACGUAUAUAUCAAAUUAAAUAGAAGGGCCAUGAAUAUGUAAAACAAUGUAUGAAUUGAACGUCAAACAAUAUUUUCCAUAAAAAGCUGCCGACACUGGAAAAAAAUGCCCCUCUCAAAACAAGAAAAACAAAUUAUUUCAAGGAGCUUUUACCUUGAAAUAAGUGAAAAAAAAAUCUGCUAAUACAACAAGUGAAAAAUGGCUUGGUAAGAUUUCUUGAAAUAAGAUAUAUUUAGAAUAUUGAGAUCUUCAAAUUAGCUGGGAAAACUUAUUUUAAGCUAUAUUUUACCAGGAUUGUCAAGCUUAGGUGUCCUAACCCUCUUAACAGCACAAAAAAUGUUGUUGCCUUGUCUGAAAAAAUUCCCAAAAUUCAGAAAAAAUUUCCCCAAAUUUAUAAAAAAAUUUGUAAAAUUUUCAGGAAGAAAAUUCCUUAAAAGCUUCCCUUAAAAGUUUUAUUUAAAAAAAAAAUCCCCAAAUUUAGCAAGAAAUAAAAAUUUAAGAAAAAUUAAAGAAAUCUAAAAAUUGCAAAUAGUUUCAAAAAAUGAAUAAAAAUUUUCAAAAAAAAAUCCUAAAAAUAUCUAAAGUGAUUCCAUAUAUAUCAGUAAAAGUUGUAAUAUUUUCUUUAAGAACAUUUGGAAAAAAAAUCAACCAUUGAUUUUUUCCCAAAUGUUCUUAAAGAAACAUUUUUUUAACAUUUCUUUUUUUCCACCAAAAAAUGUUCAAAAAUUUCCCCCCAAAAUUUGAAAAUGUGGACGUUUUCAUUGUGAAUAUAUAUAUAUUUUUCCCACAUUUCUGAACAUUAAAAUUGGUCAAUCUGACCCGCAGGAUGACAGGAGGGUUAAAACAAGAUAAUUUUAAGAUUGUUUGACUUGACAAGAUAUUUAAGAUGCAUUGUCUUAAAACAAGUCCCUCCAUCUUGCUGAAAUGUCACUUGUUAGAUGAAUUUAUCUUAAAUCAAGUGUGAUGAGACAUUUUUACUAAAAAUAAGACAAACUUGGUAAGAUUUUGAGUUUUUGCAGUGCAGGCUGCUGGUUGUGUUAGUUGUAUAGAUAUUUUUUUCUUAACUGCGCUGCAGCGUUCUCAACCCGUAGCUUCUAAACCACACUGAAGAUAUUCCUGCCUGUUUGUGCAGGAUCAGCUGGGCCUCGCAGCGAUGGACAAAGCUGGAAAGCUGGUUUUUCUGGCCACCGAGGGCGACCACCUGCAGUUUACCAGAGUGGUUCAAUGCCAUCCUGCUGCCUUACUUACACUAGAGGACGUCUGCAUGCCCACGGAUUAUUUCAACAUUGUACAUUUUCACAGCUGCACUUGAUUUAAGAGCAAUAUAAUGGAGGUUAUGGGUAAACUGGAAAAUGUAUGCAGACAGCACAUGAUUCCUUCCUUUUGCCCUGAUCACUUCAUGACAGUUGAUUCUUGUUUUGUGAUGCCAUAUUAAUAUGAUCAGGUUGUUAGUAUGUUAGCUUACUCCUGUACUACCACCACUGGACUGAUAAUGUCAUUUUAAAUGUGAGCUGCUCUGAUGAGGUCAAACUGUUGGCAGAAAUAUUGUUUUUUUUUAAAGGUUUUAGCAUAAGAAAAGGCCUAAAAGAAAUAAUUUUACUGUAAAAUGAUGCUUCUGUACAUAUUGUGCAUUUCAUCCAAUAAAGAUGCCAAGAAAAAGGUC